CUUGACCCGUUUCCGACCCCACCUGUUUAAAUAAAAUGGUAUGAUUGGGAGUUCGGAUCUUGCUUACAACAAAUUGUGAAACCCCAGUCCCCUCUCUCUUUCAGGUUUCAUUCCUUGGAUCAAUCUAUACUUAGUCCUUAAAUCCCAGCCCUCAAUUUCCCUCGCAACAUCAAAUCUCAACUGUCCAGAAAAGGAGGGAGAAAAUGAUCCAAUUGCUCUUUACUCUGAUAUUCGCGGAAAUGGCACUGAUCGUGAUCUUUGUGUUCAAAACGCCAUUUAGGAAGCUGGCUAUAAUGGGCCUUGACCGGGUCAAGAGGGGACGCGGCCCAAUUGUGGUCAAGACUGUGGCGGGGACUAUUUUUAUAGUGAUGGUGUCUAGCGGGUACAAUGUGGUGGCGAUCCAUAGGCGUUGGAUUGAUGAUGGUGACGUCAACACUACUGAUCAGAUUCUUCUUGCUAAGCAUCUUCUUGAAGCUUCUCUCAUGGGGUUUUCCUUGUUCCUAGCAUUUAUGAUUGAUAGACUACAUCAUUAUAUCCGAGAACUUCGCGUAAGAAGGAAGAGCAUGGAAGCUGUAAAGCAACAGAACCGAGCUUUUGAGGAUGAAAAGACUCCCGUUUCCGAGGAAGUCAUAGCCUUGAAACUAGAGAAGACUACAUCGCAUGAAAGGAUUAAGCAGUUGGAGUCAAAGCUCGAGGAAAAGAUUAAAGAGGCAAACAGUGCAGAAGCCAAUGCUACAGCUUUAAAGAAACAAUCAGAAGGAUUUCUUCUUGAAUAUGAUCGCCUGCUUGAGGAAAAUCAGAACCUUCGAACCCAGUUGCAAUCUCUAGAUAAAAAAUUGUCACAUUCCAAUAGCAAAAAGGUUAUUUAAAGAAACAUGUCUUGUGUUUUUUCUUUAUUAUUCCGAAUUUUGUGUCUUAUGGUUAAAAGGAGGGUCUCAUAGGAAGAAAAAAUGAAGAACGUAGAUAGCGAAAAUCAUACAUCCUCUCCGUGAUGGUUUGCUCAAUUUUUUGUCUGAACAAAAUUGCGAAGUUAUAGCAUGGAGAAAUAUUGAUGAUUAUUUGGAAAAUUACUGUUGUGUAAUGUAGGUUCAAUUGAUCUUAUUGGAGUUGUAUCAUAAAUUUGACUAAUGAGGCUAAGAUUGAGCUCUGAAG